AUGACUAGCGAGUGUAUCGGAAAGGCGGCGGUUUUGCGCUCAUUAUCCCGAGGGACAUCAUUUCCCGUACCUGGAUCGGUAAACCUACCUGAUAUGCUAUGGCUAAGGUGUCAAGCGACCCGCUUCUUUUUCGCUCUCAUCAAGGCACAGAGCGAGCACCGUCUAUACCGGUUCUUCAACAGCUUUGAGCAUGGCCACCCAUCAUCGCCGAACUGUGUGGAGAGCAACAUCUUUGGUUCAUUCCGCGUGAUACAGACCCGCGAACCUGAGCACCUCAAAGCCGUCUUAACAGGGAAGUUUGCAGACUUUAGCAAGGGCGAGCUCUUUCAUAAGCUGUGGAUUCCGUUCCUUGGGGACAGUAUCUUUACUACAGAUGGGAAACAAUGGCAAGGCAUCCGCAACCUCAUUCGUCCGAUGUUUGUCAAGGAUCGUUUCAGCGAUUUAGAUAUCUUUGGGCGCAAGGUGCAGACCAUGCUGCGCUUAUACAGUCCUUCUGGCGAUUCAACGGACGUCAUGGACCUGUUCUACCGGAUGACCCUCGACGCUAUUACCAAGUUCCUGCUCGGCAAAGGCAUCAACAGCCUGGAGAAACCCGCAGGCGGACUUUGCCUUGGCCUUUGCAGAUGUUGA